UCCCUAUUUUCAAAUUGACAGUUUUGACAGCUGCUCCGGAGUCAGUACGAGAAAAUUUCGAGUUUCUGAAUUUCUAAAUUAUUUGUAAUUAUGGGUUUUGGAGACUAUCCGAAAGAGUACAAUCCAGCUGUUCAUGGGCCUUACGACCCAGCUCGUUAUUAUGGAAAGCCUGAUACUCCAUUCGGGCAAGUGAAGAUAAGUGAAUUAGGAGGUUGGUUGGCCCGCAGGAAUAAGACUCCAUCUGCCAUCGCUGGCGCUUUCAGCAGAGCCUGGUGGAGGUGGCAGCACAAGUAUGUGCAGCCAAAGAGAGUCGGCAUGGCUCCUUUUUUCCAGCUUCUUGUUGGGUCCAUGACUUUCUUCUAUGCUAUUAACUAUGGCAAAAUGAAGCACCACAGGAACUACAAGUACCACUAAAAGGCACUGGGAAAUCAAAAAAAUCAUGUAUUUAUGUAACUAAUUACUUGAUGUAUGUUGUUGGUGUAGAAAUCUGAAAUUGGUAAUCCUCCUGCAAUAAAAUAGUUCAAAAAGUUA